AUGUCCUCCGACCUUAUCGUUACCAUCCCCGUAAUUUCCUCCUUCGUUGCCAUCCUCAUCAUUGAUCAGACAACUGGGAAACAUACGUGGCGUCUCGAAGAUAUUGAGAACUCCCCCCGUCCCUUUUCGUCUCUUGCUCCCAUCGUCUCCAAGCUCCACCUUCUCCCAACCUUCUACAAGGACAUGGUCCCGCAUGGUCCGUCGGCAUCAGACACAUUUCGUACUGCAAACCUCCUCUCCAAGGUCAUCCCAGGCGACGUGGUACCACAAGUCAUGGAUUUGGCCGAGUUUUGGGUCGACAUGCCACUGGCAUCUACCACUCGUUGGUUGAAGGUCGAUGAGAGCAAGGCAGGACAGAUCUAUCUUCUUGCUGAGCUUCCUUCAACACUUCCUCCCAAGGCCCUGCGCAGUCUGACUUUCAGAGUCACCUCGCGUGACCAGGGUUGGAGUGCUACCGCGUUCCACAACACCUACAAAGAGAGCUGGACAUGGUUUGAGGUUGCCAUCCUGCCCCCUGGAACGGACGAGAGUAAGGGCCCUUUUCCAGGCCGAAAGAUCAUCACGAACAUCAACGCUGGUUUCGACUGGCACACUCAUGACGUGACCUGGAAAUACCAUGAUAAGAACAAGGAGAUCAGAAAGAUUGUCCGAAGUCUGGGACCAGGCUACAAGAUUGCUAUCUGUGCAUGGGCCAGAUUUCCUGCUUGGGUCAAUAGAGUCCAAUUCGCCAGAAUCGACUGCCAGGUCAAUGCUGUGCGAAAGGUGUGA